CUACCUUGCUCCGAGAGAACCGUGUCUAAUCUCUCUCCUCUCUGGGUUCUCCCCACUUUCUACUCCUAUGGGUCUUCCCCGUUCAGCUUAGUCAGCGACCAUGGCGGAUACACAGCAGAGCAAAUUAUUGGAAGGCAAGUCUGCAGUCAUUACGGGUGGUGUCACUGGCAUUGGGCGAGCAAUUGCUCUGGAAUUCAUCCGUCAGGGUGCUUUUGUUACUGUCUGCCAUCUUGACGAUCCAAUCUCAGUGAGGCACUUCAACACUUUAGCUCGGGAGGUGGAAGACUCGAGGAACGGUCAUAAUAGCGUAUUAAGCAGCUUUUCUGGAGACAUUUCAAAACCUGAGACUGGAAAAGAGCUGAUCGAGGAUGCUACCAAAACGUUUGGCAAAGUCGACAUUUUUGUGAGCAAUGCCGGCAUCUGUCAAUUUGCUGAUUUCUUAACGAUCGAGCCUGAUCUUUUUUCCAAAACUGUACGAACAAACCUUGAUGGUGCAUUUUAUGCCACACAAGCAGCUGCGCGACAGAUGGCCGAGCAAGGCAAUGGCGGUUCCAUUAUCGGGAUCUCGUCCAUUUCAGCACUUGUAGGCGGCGGGCUGCAGACGCACUAUACCCCGACCAAAGCAGGCGUGUUGAGCCUGAUGCAGUCUUGUGCUGUAGCUCUGGGGAAGUACAACAUUCGAUGUAAUGCUAUUUUACCCGGGACCAUUCGAACGCAAAUGAAUGAAGAGGAUUUGAGUAAUGACGAGAAGCGGGAAUACAUGGAGAAGCGCAUCCCACUCGGCCGGACUGGUGUCCCAGAAGACAUUGCUGGCCCAGCAGUCUUUCUGGCAAGUGACAUGUCGCGAUACGUGACUGGCGCACAGCUACUCGUCGAUGGUGGACUCUUUGUCAAUUUACAAUGAGCCAGACGACGGAUAUAUCUGUCAGAUUCCGAGGAUAAAAUUGCCGUACGAUAUUUUAUGUAAUGAAGCACUGCCAGUUCUGCCAAUGCUAUCGCAGGCACAUUUCUACAAUU